AUGGAUAUUAAAGAAACUAAAAACUAUCGCCGGAAAAUGUUGAAGAAAUUCAGUAAAUAACAAUAAAUUUUGUUUUUUUUUUCACAAAUUUUCUAUAGAAAUAUCUCUAUGAGACCCAGUAGAGGUGGUGUACAUAAGAAAUCAAAAACUAUGGAUUAUACAAAUUAUGCCUAUAAUGAGGCAGUGGGUAGAUUAAAAAUGAUGUUAGCUGACUCAUAUACAGCGCCCAAGACAAACACCACCUGUUCGUAUUUGAGAAGUUUUAAUGAUGAUUCAGCAGAUAAUUAUUCGGAUAAUAUGUCGACCAUAGAUCGUCCAGUGUUUGCGGAUAUUUCUAAGUAUUUAUCGCCAAGUCAAAAAUCUCGCUUGGGUGGUGGCAGUUAUCGUCCGAAGAAAACUUUAAGUGGAUUUUCUGCCUCCAAGGAGAAUUUAACUUCCCCGGCCAGACAAUAUCAGACCACAGUUCUACCUACUGCUGCGGUCAGUAGCUCAGGGGCUGUGGAUUAUUAUGCCUCUACACCAAAAGCACAAAUGCCACCCACUGACAGUGUCCAAGCUCCGGUAGAAAUUUUUAAUUUUAUCGAAAAACAAGAGGAUUAUAUAGAACAAUUGGAAAAGGAAUCGAAAUAUUGUCGCAAUGAAUUGUCCAAUCUGUUGGGUAAAGUUAAAGAUGUGAUCAAUGAAAACGAACAGUUAACCGAACAUGCUCGUAGUGAAUUGAAUAAUCUGGGUAAAAGUGAAAAAAUAACCACUAGUCCUUCCUCGGAUAGUGAUGAUAUUUUAUAUACAAAUAAGAAAACUUCAACUCCUCGCAAAAAAGAAGUUAAAAGUCCUCGUUAUGCCUCAGCUCCGAAUAUAGUGUAUGAGGCUCGUAUUAGUGAACUGGAGGCGGAAUUGAUGCAGGCGAAUAUAGACCUAAAACGUGUUAAAACCGAAAAUGAUGAUCUUAAAAAGAAACUGGCACGAUCAGAUAUAUCUACUUCAUCCAAUUCGGCUUUGAAUUGUGAAGCUCAUCGUAAACAAAUAGAAUUAUUGCAAAAAGAUAAAACCACCCUGGAGGAGACCAUUAGACAAUUGCAUAAAUCUUUAGAUGAGGCCAAAUCUCAGCAAUACUCUCAAUCUUCUAAGCGUUAUAUCAAUGAUCUCGUACAAAUGGAAAGAUCACAAGCUGAACUGGAAGUACGUCAUUUAAGAGAUGAACUAGAUCGUCAGCAUGAACGUGUGCGUGAACUACAACAUGAAAUGGCUAGACGUUUGGCUGAUGAACGUGCCAAUGCCGAGAGACGUUAUAAUAAUCAAGUUGAUCAGUUGGGUGGUGAUCUCAGCUCACAGUGGGAACAAGUUGCCAAACUACAAUUGGACUUGGAGAGACAAAAACGCUAUGAAAAUGAUCUGAAACGUGAUUUAGCUAAUCGUAAUUCACAAAUUGAAGAACUAAAAAUGGAGCUCAGAGCUAAUCGUUCCACUUUCUUGGCCGACAUGGCUCAAGUAAAUGCCGAGAAGCAAUCGUUGGAACAAGAGAUCACCGCUUUACGUUUGCAACUUGAUCGUGCUUCGCGUGAGAAUAAAACCGAGGCGGCUCGUUUAAAUGCAGAAAUUAAUUCGUUGAGACAACGUUUAGAUCGAGCCGAUGCCGAUUUGUUGCAUUCGAAGAGGGAAGUGUUGCGUUUGAACGAUGAAAUUGCCAAUUUGGAAAAAGAGCUGGCGUACGGUGAAAUGAAAAAUGAAAUACGUCCCACUAAAAAGGAUUUGGAUAAACGUAUUUCCGAAAUGCAAGAAAAGCAUGCCGAGACUGUAAAUGAACUAGAAGAAAUGAUACAAAGUCAAAAGCAACUCAUGGAUAAAUUAACCAAUGAAUGUAAAACAUUAACGAAUAAAUUAGAAGAUACCACCUUAAAACACAAUGCUGAAAAACAAAAUUUACGUGAUAUGAACUCAAAACUAAUGGAUCGUUUAAAACACAUUUGGUCCAGUUAUAAAGAAUUAAAUAUUAAACUGCAAAAAAUCCAAAGUUUUGAGAGUUUUCGCGAAUCACCGGUACAAAAUGAAACGAACAGUGGUCGGGAAGAGCAUAAUUCUACACAUAAUUUAACAUUUAUACAACAGCAGCAACAACAAAAGCCUCUCUCGACUACAAGCCGUCCACAUUUGGCACAACCAACAACGAUCCUCCACGAUCCAUUACAGAUGACUACAGCAGCAGCAAGACCAAUCCUUACAGCUACGACUCCAUACUGGGAAAAACAACAGCCGGUGAUACCAACACAACAACAGCCAUGCCCACCUCUACAACAGCUUCCUAUGAUAAUGACUACAAGUCCAAAUAUGAAUCGCCCAAUAGCGCAUACGACUACAAAACAUCAACAACAAUCAAUGACAACGAUGACGAAAAUCUCAAAGACAACAUUGGCGAAGGAGAGAAAAAGCAACAGCAUCAGCAGCAGCCGAGAGACUCAAAUGUUGGAGAUAGCAAUACAAACGCAAAUGACACAGCAGGAGACUAUGCGACCACAGGAGAAAUACCAGAUGCCACAAAUGUUGCAGACUAUUCCGCAGCCGAUUACAGUGGCUAUGAGGGAUACGAUCAACAGCAAUAUGAUGCCACAGCCUAUGAUCCCUCCUAUGAUCAAUCACAGUACGGAGGAGAGUCAGCACAAUAUGAUGGCACAGGACAGGGCUAUGAUACCACAGCCUAUGACUACAAUGCCACAGAUUAUGAUGCCACUACAUAUCAAUACGACACCAGUGGAGGACAACAGCCACAGGCGGCAGAGCCAACAACACCAGUCACGUCUGCUCCUGCAACAGCAGCCCCUGUACCAACACCAGUUGCAAACACAGGCCCAAGCUCUGGGUCUACAGGUGCAACAGAAGGCCGAGCUCAAUCGCGAACGAGCAGUGGCCCUGUGGGGCCAACAACUGCAACUGGAGGAGUCUCCAGCACAAAACCCCCUCUGCCACAACAGUCUUCCACGCCAGCAACCAAAAAGUAGUUGUGAUCCCGAACUCGAUCUAACUACAAACCUAACUAAUGAUUGUAUAGAUCCCUUUGAUUUGGAAUUUAGCAUAAGUAGUCCAAGUUUAAUGCGUUCCUUUGAUUCUGAUACCUGUACCGAAAUUGAUGAUAAUGGGGCCUUUGAUGAGCCACAACUGAGCAGUGAUUCGUUAACGGAUAAAACCCUAUCACCGGCUCAAACUGCCAUAAGAAGAAUGUCACCAUAAAACCCCAGCAAGAUGAAGAGAAAAGAAAACAGGUCUUCGGUUCGAGUAUGUAAUUCUAUUAAAUUUAAAAAUACAGCUGUACAUUAGAUAUGAAUAUUGUAAUAAUCAUGUUAUGUAAUAAGUUUUAUUUAAAUAAAAAAAUAUA